AGCGACGCGCACUUCCGGGAUCUCCUAGUUCUUCGGCGUGCAGGUCUUGUUAAAGCCAGCUUCACGAGUUGCGUGCACCGGCCUGGUCGCCUGUAGCGUCAAGCACCUAGGUUUCCCGGUCUCAUGGCCGGUCUGACACUGUUUGUGAGCAACCUCCCGCCUUCUGCCCGAAGUGAGCAGCUGGAAGAGCUGUUCAGUCAGGUGGGGCCGGUGAAGCAGUGCUUCGUGGUGACCGAGAAAGGGAGUAAGGCAUGUCGAGGGUUUGGCUAUGUCACUUUCUCCAUGCUGGAAGACGUUCAGAGGGCCCGUAAGGAGAUCACUACUUUUGAAGGUUGUAAGAUCAACAUCACCAUUGCCAAGAAAAAACUGAGGAACAAGUCCAAAGAAAAGAGGAAAAAUGAAAAUUCAGAGUCUCCAAAGAAGAAGCUGACGACUAAGAAAGCCAAGACAGCUGAUAAAAAAGCCAGAUUAAUUAUUCGAAACCUGAGCUUUAAGUGUUCAGAAGAUGACUUGAAAGCAGUAUUCACUCAAUUUGGAGCUGUCUUGGAAGUAAACAUUCCAAGGAAGCCAGAUGGAAAGAUGCGUGGUUUUGCUUUUGUUCAGUUCAAAAAUCUCCUAGAAGCUGGAAAAGCGCUGAAAGGCAUGAACAUGAAAGACAUAAAAGGGCGAAUAGUGGCAGUGGACUGGGCUGUGGCAAAGGAUAAAUACAAAGAUACACAAUCUGUUUCUGCCUCAGGUAAGGAGAAGUGCUUUGAACCUAAGCCUCAGAGUUCUAUUAAAAAAAAUGGCAUAGUGGAAGAGAAAGAAGAUGACGAUGGAGACGUCGGGGUUGAUAUUGAUGAUGAGGAGGAGGAUGAGGAUGAAGAAGAGGAGGAGGAGAAGAAAGAAUCAGAGGUGACCAAGCGUAUGAAAGUUGAGAAGAGAGCAGUCAAGACAGCAGCCCCUGUAGAAAGCAGUGAUGAAGAUGAUUCACACGAGGACAGUGACCUGGAGGAAAGAGGUAGCACUGAUGAUGACGAGGAACUGGUAUCAAGUGAUAGCAGCGCUGAAGAACAAGAGGAUGAAGGUAUGCAAAUCUCAAAGACAAAGAAGAGGAAAUUACCCUCUGAUGUGAAUGAAGGGAAAACUGUUUUUAUCAGAAAUCUGUCCUUUGACUCAGAGGAAGAAGAACUUGGGGAGCUCCUCCAGCAGUUUGGAGAUCUUAAAUAUGUCCGCAUUGUCUUGCAUCCAGACACAGAGCAUUCUAAAGGUUGUGCAUUUGCACAGUUCAUGACUCAAGAAGCUGCUCAGAAAUGCCUCACAGCUGCUUCUCCAGAGACUGAGGGUGGUGGGCUUAAACUGGAUGGCCGGCAGCUCAAGAUUGACUUGGCUGUGACCCGUGAUGAGGCUGCAAAACUUCAGACAAAAAAAGUGAAGAAGCCUACCGGAACCCGAAACCUCUAUCUGGCCCGAGAAGGCUUGAUCCGUGCUGGAACGAAGGCUGCCGAGGGUGUGAGUCCUGCUGAUAUGGCCAAACGAGAACGAUUUGAGCUACUGAAGCAUCAGAAACUUAAGGACCAGAAUAUCUUUGUCUCCCAGACCAGGCUUUGCCUGCAUAAUCUUCCAAAGGCUGUGGAUGACAAACAGCUCAGAAAGCUGCUGCUGAAUGCCACUAGAGGGGAGAAGGGAGUGCGCAUCAAAGAGUGUCGAGUGAUGCGAGACCUUAAAGGAGUUCAUGGGAACAUGAAGGGGCAGUCCCUGGGCUACGCCUUUGCUGAGUUCCAGGAGCACGCGCAUGCCCUGAGAGCCCUCCGCCACAUCAACAACAAUCCAGACAUCUUUGGGCCUCUUAAGAGACCAAUAGUGGAGUUCUCUUUGGAAGAUCGAAGGAAACUUAAAAUGAAGGAAAUGAGGAUCCAGCGCAGCCUGCAAAAAAUGAAAAUGAAGCCUGGAACCAGUGAGCCUCAAAAGCAGAAGAAAGAGCCUGUAAAGGAGAAGCAACAGAAGGCAGCUCAAAAUCACACACAGGAUCAAAGUGAGACCCCCCCAGCGCAGAAGGGGAAGGUGGGCUCCACCCCGUGGGCAGGGUUCCAGACCAAGGCUGAAGUAGAGCAGGUGGAGCUGCCUGAUGGAAAGAAAAGAAGAAAGGUCCUGGCGCUUCCCUCUCACCGAGGCCCCAAAAUUAGGUUGCGAGAUAAAGGCAAAGUGAAGUCUCUCCCUCCUAAGAAGCCGAAGGCCCAGAUAAAGCAGUGGAAGCAAGAGAAACAGCAGCCUUCAUCCAAGCAGGUUCUUAGGAAAAAGGCUAAGGGAAACAAGACAGAAGCUCACUUCAACCAGCUGGUCGAACAAUAUAAGCAAAAACUGUUGGGACCUUCUAAAGGUGCACCUCUUGCAAAGAGGAGCAAAUGGUUUGAUAGUUGAUGCAGCUGUAGCCUGGGUGAGAAGAUGGGUAUGCACUUUCUGGGGAAGCUCAGAACUUGUCCACCUUUCAUGUCUUUCCUGAGGGAAGGAAGAUUCCUGGAGAGCCUGCUGUUGGAAGACUUUCUUGGCUUUGCACUUCUGAACUGUGGUCCCCAUCUAAUGUGGUUAGUCACAAAUACCCUAGAAAAGUCAUGAUGCUUCUUGCAUAUUGUCUAUAUUACUGUGUGAAGUUGCGUCUAUGGUUAUUACCCCAUUUUUUAAAUCUCUGAUUCUCAAAUGGAAAAAAUUGUAAAAAGCAUUCUCGAGUACUGAAUUUUUAAGAGGUAUAUUUUGUUAGGUACCGCCUAAAUGAGAUACUGUGUGGCUUUUUGAAUAACAGAGUGGAUCUUAUUUCUAAUGUA